UUCAAUUUUGACAUUUCUCUCAAAAACAAAAAAUAAAAAAACUCAUCUCCUCCGAAUGCGGCAAAUUUUUAAAAAUCUCCCCAAUUUUGUCAACUCUCGCACAAUGAGUUUAUUUACCCAAAUUCUUAAUCCCAUCACCGGAAAAUCCGAAUGGCAAUCCCAAACCGAAGACUACGAUUACCAUCAAGAAGUGGCUAGAGCAGCUUUUGCUGACAUGCUUCACGAUACCGAACGUAAUCAAAAAUACUACUCUGCCUUGCAAAAAACCAUUAAACAACUUCAUGACUCCGGCAAAGAAGCACAUGUCUUGGACAUUGGCACUGGAACAGGUAUCCUCUCAAUGAUGGCAGUCAAAUCGGGAGCUGACACUGUCACUGCUUGUGAAGCCUUUAUGCCAAUGGCACAUUGUGCUGAAAAAAUCAUGUCAGCCAAUGGAAUGGGUGAGAAAAUUAAGCUAAUUAAAAAACGUUCCACAGAAAUUGAAGUUGGCGAUGGAAAGGACAUGAAUCGAAGAGCUAAUGUCCUUGUCACUGAAGUGUUAGACACUGAAUUGAUUGGUGAGGGUGCAAUUGGAAUUUACAAUCAUGCCCACAAGCAUUUACUUACUGAAGAUUGUAUUCUGAUACCAUCCAGAGCGACAGUGUUCGCUCAAGUUGUUCAAAGCCCAUUGGCAGUUGCAUGGAAUCGUACCAAGAUUAUUGCCAAUCUUGAUGGGAAUAUACUCCUCGAGACACCAGACUCGAUAAACACCUGCAAAGGUGAAGCUGGUGUUCAUGAUAUGCAAUUAAGUCAACUGCCAAUGAAUCAAAUCUGUCCAAUCAGUAAACCAGUACAAAUCUUUGACUUUAAUUUUAGUGACCCGAAUGGAAUGGCCACUGAUAGAUUCAAUAACUUGAAACUUAAAUCUGAAUGUCAAGGGUCGGCCGAUAUGGUAUUAUUCUGGUGGUCAAUAGAUAUGGAUCAAGAAGGAGAGAUUGUUCUAAGUUGUGCUCCUUAUUGGGCACAUCCUGAUUUUUCAGAUCUCUCCAGCAGAAAGGAAUCACAACUUCCAAUACAGAAUGUUAUUCCUUGGCGAGAUCAUUGGAUGCAAGCUGUUUAUUAUAUUCCCAAGCCAUUCAAUUUACAAUCCCAGGAAGAGUAUAUUCUCAGUUCAAAUCAUGAUGAAUAUUCUUUUUGGUUUGAUGCCUGGAAAGCUGGGGAAGAAGAGCGAAGAGUCAGAAGACACGCUUGCUCAUGUAGUCUUCAUAUGACAUACUCGCGAAGUAGAAUUGGACAAAUGAAUCAAAUUAUUCGAAAUAAAAAAUACAUGAAAUUCCUUGAAGAGAACAUUGAUAAGUCAUCUUUUGUCUUGUCGAUCUCAGAUGGGUCGCUUUUGGGAUUAGCUUCAGCGAAGCUAGGAGCAAAGUCUGUGACUUGUUUCGAACCACACAGGUUUUCGAAGACGUUAAUAGAUUCAUAUAUUAAACAGAACAAUAUCGAGAAUGUUUGUAUUGUUGGGAAUUUGGAUGAAGUAGAGAAUCUUGAUCAAGUCACACAUGUUUUUGCGGAGCCUUAUUUUAUUACAUCGAUUCUUCCAUGGGAUGGUUUUUACUUUGGCACUUUAUUGUCGAAAAUCAAAGAUCGAUUGGGUGAACAAGUGAAAAUUUGUCCACAUUCUGCUAAGAUUAUUGCAGUUCCUGUGGAAUUUAUUGAUCUUCAAAAAAUUCGAGCUCCUUUAAGUAUAUGUGAGGGAUUUGAUUUGACAAUUUUUGAUCAGAUGGUCGAUACAUCUUCUAUUCUUGCCGAUGCAGUUGUUGAAGCUCAACCGCUAUGGGAAUAUCCAUGUAGAGCAUUGGCCAAGGAGACCGAGCUUCUAAGUGUUUCAUUUGAGAACUUUAGCAAAGAUAAAAGCUGUUCGGGGGUUUUGACGAUCGAAGAGAAUGGAUUGUGUAAUGGAAUAGCCCUAUGGGUUGAUUGGAAUAUUGAUGGUAGCAACAAUCCUAAAUCAAUUGUGACAACAGGACCAAGUCAACCUAUAAUUGUUGGGGAUUAUGUGCAAUGGGAUAUGUUUGUAAGGCAAGGAGUUCAUCUGAUACCUGAAGCUGACAUCAAAGCGAAACAAAGUAAUCAAAUUGAAUGGAGUGUUGAAUUUCGUCCAGUUUCGGGAGAAAUUAAAUUUAAUUUUAAAAAGGUUUAGACAAUAUGUUAGAGUGUAAGUAAAAUUAUAAAAAAAAGGAAAAAAAUAUAAAUUUUUGUUUUAAAGUGAUAAAAUGUAGAUUAUGCGGGAUCAAAAUUUCCU